GUGAGGAUAUCAGUCAUACAUGGAGGAUGACAGAAAAAUCCAAUGGUGUGAAGAGUUCCCCAGCCAAUAACCACAACUUCCAUGCACCUCCUGCCAUCAAGGCCAAUGGCAAAGAUGACAACAGGACAAACAGCAGGCCACAAUCUACAGCCGAUGAUGACACCUCCUCAGAACUGCAGAGGCUGGCGGAGAUGGAUGCCCCCCAGCGGGGGAGGGGUGGCUUCCGCAGGAUUGUCCGCUUGGUGGGGAUCAUCAGAGAGUGGGCCAACAAGAAUUUCCGUGAGGAGGAACCUCGACCUGACUCAUUCCUGGAACGUUUCCGUGGGCCUGAGCUCCAGACCGUGACAACACAGCAAGACGAUGGCAAAGGCAACAAGGACGGCGAGGGCGAGGGCACCAAGAAGAAAUUUGAACUAUUUGUCUUGGACCCAGCUGGGGACUGGUACUACCGCUGGCUAUUUGUCAUUGCUAUGCUUGUCCUCUACAAUUGGUGCCUGCUGGUGGCCAGAGCCUGCUUCAGUGACCUACAGAAAACCUAUUACCUAGUGUGGCUAGUGCUGGACUACUUCUCAGAUGUGGUGUACAUUGCGGACCUCUUCAUCCGACUGCGCACUGGCUUUCUGGAGCAGGGGCUGCUGGUCAAAGAUCCAAAGAAGUUGCGGGACAACUAUAUCCACACCCUACAGUUCAAGCUGGAUGUAGCUUCUAUCAUUCCCACGGAUCUGAUCUAUUUUGCUGUGGGCAUCCACAGCCCUGAGCUGCGUUUUAACCGCCUGCUACACUUCGCCCGCAUGUUUGAAUUCUUUGACCGCACUGAGACACGCACCAGCUACCCCAACAUCUUCCGAAUCAGCAACUUGGUCCUUUACAUCUUGGUCAUCAUCCACUGGAACGCCUGCAUCUACUAUGCCAUCUCCAAGUCCAUUGGCUUUGGAGUUGACACUUGGGUUUAUCCCAAUAUCACUGACCCUGAGUAUGGUUACCUGGCUAGGGAAUACAUCUACUGCCUUUACUGGUCUACACUGACACUCACCACCAUUGGGGAGACACCACCUCCUGUAAAGGAUGAGGAGUACUUAUUUGUCAUUUUUGACUUCCUGAUUGGUGUCCUCAUCUUUGCCACCAUUGUGGGGAAUGUGGGCUCUAUGAUCUCCAACAUGAAUGCCACUAGGGCUGAAUUCCAGGCCAAGAUUGAUGCUGUCAAACAUUACAUGCAGUUCCGAAAGGUCAGUAAGGAGAUGGAAGCCAAGGUCAUUAAGUGGUUUGACUACCUGUGGACCAAUAAGAAGAGUGUGGAUGAGCGGGAAGUUCUCAAGAACUUGCCAGCAAAGCUGAGGGCUGAGAUAGCCAUUAAUGUCCAUCUAUCCACCCUCAAAAAAGUGCGCAUCUUCCAGGAUUGUGAGGCUGGCCUGCUGGUGGAGCUGGUAUUGAAGCUUCGUCCUCAGGUCUUCAGCCCUGGGGAUUAUAUUUGCCGCAAGGGUGAUAUUGGCAAGGAGAUGUACAUAAUCAAGGAGGGCAAGUUGGCAGUAGUGGCUGAUGAUGGUGUUACUCAAUAUGCCCUGCUCUCAGCCGGGAGUUGCUUUGGAGAGAUCAGUAUCCUUAACAUUAAGGGCAGCAAAAUGGGCAAUCGACGCACAGCCAAUAUCCGCAGCCUUGGUUACUCAGAUCUCUUUUGUUUAUCCAAGGAUGAUCUUAUGGAAGCUGUGACUGAGUACCCUGAUGCCAAGAAGGUCUUGGAGGAGAGGGGCCGGGAGAUCUUGAUAAAGGAGGGACUGCUAGAUGAGAAUGAGGUGGCAGCCAGCAUGGAGGUAGACGUGCAGGAGAAACUAGAGCAGCUGGAGACAAACAUGGAGACCUUGCACACUCGCUUUGGCCGCCUGCUGGCUGAGUACACGGGAGCCCAGCAGAAACUUAAGCAGCGCAUCACCAUUCUGGAAACCAAGAUGAAGCAGAACAAUGAAGAUGAUUACCAUGAUUACCUGUCAGAUGGGAUGAAUAGCCCUGAGCCAGCUGCUGUUGAUAAGCCAUAAGGUCUUGGGCCCAACUGCCUUAGCAGCCUUGUCCUUGACCCCAGGAACUAGAAGAGCUGUGUAGGUGUCCAUAUUUGUAUGCAUUACCCUCUUGAAUUCUCCCCAAAGCCUCUCUGUCCUAGGUUUUUGCCUCAAUCAUCUAGGAGCCCUCCUCCAGGUCCAGCUAAUAGCCAAGCUUAUGCACAAAGUAGACCAUGUUGGCUCAGUUUCCAGGAGCUUUAGCCUGUCCAAGUCUGAGGAAGAAAGAGAGGAGCAUCUGAACUGUCUUCAAGGGGUCUGUCCUAGGGCUGGAAGCCUGGGCAAUGAUCUGUUCUGAAGAAGCAAAUCUGCAGGACAGUGUGUACCCUAAUGUGAAACUGCCCUCUCUCCCAGGUCCUUUGCACAUAGCCACUUCCCAUUUGGUUCUGGCCCUUGCUUUUCUAAUAUGUGUUGUGAAUAUCCCCAUUUUCCUGCACAUGUAUGUAGUUCAAGAAAUGACUACAGACAGCACAGGUACCCAGUGUCUGUAUCCCAAGGCAAGGAAAGGAGGGGGGCAGGUAGAAGAGUGUUCUCUUAGGGGUGCCACUCCAUCAGGCACUCCAAGCCCUAGUCUGUCCAUCCAUUUUAAUGUUGCCAUCCAGGAGUAAGGUCUCUGCAGGCUUCUCUGGACCAGGGAGAUGAUUAUUCUCCUUGUUUCUGGUCCAUUCCAAGGCAGGGAGUGAGGAGCAAGGAAAUGCCACCUGGAGAAGGAGGUGGGUGGGAGCUCUAGCCAUCACCCCUCUAUACAGAACAUUACUGAAGAGGCCCUGAGGCUGGCAGUGUGUGGGAGGCUCUUCAAGUUCAUAUCUGCAGUAGAGGCGCUUAUAAGUUAAUAAAUUAAUUUAAACUAGUGGUUAUUGCUCAACUCUGCUAUUCACAUUUUUUCCUUUUCUCCCCUCUUUUUUCCUCUUAUCCAGGACUCACCCUGCCUGGAACACUCUCUCUGCUGUCUUCUGCUGUCUAUCUAAGCCCGACUUGUCCUUCAGGACUCAGCUCAGGCACCACCUUCUCAGAGAAAGCUCCCACAUAUGCAGUCAAUCAUCCCCUCUCUAGGCUCCCACAGCACUUGCUAGUCUGUGUCCUGGCUAUUUGCUGUAUGGUUGGUUUUCUGGUUUCCCUUCCAGACUGUGGGCUCUUUGAGGGCAGGGCCAAGACACUGUCCUUCACUGCUCUGUCUUCAGCCUUGGGGACAUGCCUCGCCCAGGUCAGGCUUUCAGAAAAUGUUUAAUUACUGGGGCAGUAAGUGAACACACUGAAACUCUUAAGUUUCCAUUUGCCAGUAUCCAGGUCUUGACAGAAACACUACAUCUGGUGAUUCGUGGACAAUCUUCUGGAGAAGCAGAUAUUUGAGUGGGUACCACUUGACCAGGAAUCCAAAGGACAAGUGCUAAUUAGUGAGCAAGAAGCUCUAGAUGCAGAUUUAGAUGCCUUUGUGCACACCACUUAUCUCUAUCAUCUACCUACCUAUCUUUCUGCCUAUUUGUCAUCUAUCUCUCUAUGUCUCUAUUUCUCCAUCUACUAAUCACAGAACAAUACAUAUCAAAUUUACCAUCUUAACUAUUUUUAAGUGUACAAUUUUAUAGUGUUAAGUACAUUCACAUUGUUGUGAAACAAAUUUCCAGAAUGUUUCAGCUUCCCAAACUGAAACUUUCUCCUCAUUAAACAAAACUUCCCAUAGUCUCUCCCUGCUAGCCCUUGGCAACCAUCAUUUUAAUUUCUGUUUCUAUUACUUGAUUACUUUAGAUACCUCAUACAAGCAGAACUAUACAGUAUCUAUCCUUUAGUGACAGGCUUAUUUCAUUUAGCAUAAUGUCCUUAAAGUUCAUCUAUGUUGUAGCAUGUGUCAGAAUUUCCUUCCUUUUUUAGGCUGAAUAAUACUCCAUUGUAUAGAUAGAGCAAAUUUUGUUUUUCCAUUCAUCUAUCAAUGGACACUUGGGUUGUUUCCAUCUUUUGGCUACUGUGAAUAAUGCUGCUAUGCACAUGAGUACACAAAUGUCUGCCCAAUUUCUUUUUUUCAUUUCUUUUGACACUAUAACCAGAAGUAGAAUUGGUGCAUCAUAUAGUAAUCCUAUUUUUGUAAUUUUUUGAGGGCCCAUCAUACUGUCUCCCAUAGAAACUGCACCAUUUUACAUUCCCAGUAACAGCACACAAGGAUUUUAACUUCUUUACAUCCUCACGAAUACUUGUUUCCUGUUUUUUUUUUUUUUUAACAGUAGCCAUACUGAUGGGUGUGGGGUGGUAUCUCAUUGUAGUCGUAUAUUCAUUUCCCUUGUAAAUAGUGAUGUUGAGCAUCUCUUCAUGUGUUUGUUAGCCAUUUGUUUAUCUUUUUUGGAGAAAUGUCUAUUUAGUCUUUUGCAAAU